AUGGGAGUCUUUGUUAUAGGAAUUAAUUAAUAGCUGAAAGAGUUCUUUUAUGAGAGUGAUUUGGAUUAUUUGGGAACAAAGAUAUCUGUUCUAGUAAUCUGCUUUUUACUGUUUUUAUUAAUAUUAUACAAGCAAUACCAGUAUCUUAAUCGAUAAAAAGCAAGAUAAAGAAUAAUUAACUUUUAUGAAAUCUGUAGAGAAAAAAUAUUGAACGAUAGCAUUUUUGAAUCGAAAUUGAGAAGAAAUUUUACCUUGAUAUUUAUAACUUUCUAGCAGGUCUUAAUCCCAACAAUUUUUAUUUAAUUUAGCUGGAGCUGGCAAUCAGCUAAUAUUAUAUCUAUUUCAUUAGAGGUAUUAUUUUUGAUAAUAUUAAUAAGACUCAUGCCAUUCUAAUCUAAACUAACAAACUUCUAUUUUAUUAUGGACACAUUAUCUUGGAUAUCUCUUUAUAUUUAAUUCUAUCUUAUUAUCCACUUUAGCUCAAUGCCUAAUACUAAUAAUUACUCAACAAUCCUUGACAGACUCAGUUUGUCUUUUGUAGUAACGAUUCAAAUAAUUUAGUUUUUGCAACCAUUCUUCAUGAAAUUAAAAAUAGUAAAAAAAUCUAUUGCUACCAAUAAAUAACUCAUUCAAUAGUUUAUAAUUCAAGAGUAUUAAAAUUACUUAUAAUAAAAAUGA